UAAAAUAAAUAUUUUGUUACAGGCUUUAGUGUAUGACCAUCAUGGAUCAGCCAGAAUUGAAGAUGGCCCAAAAAGAAUGUUCCUGUUUCGUGAGAGGAUGACAAUGUUAACAAGAUACUCAGCCAAUCAGAAUGAAUAUUUGGUUGUUAAACACAGAGAUGGCAGAAUAGAACACAUGCAGGGACCAUGUGUUAUGUUCCUAAACACAAUAGCUUAUCAGUCUAUCAAGAAGAAAGACAUGAUCCCACUGGAUGCCAAUGAGGCCCUGGUAGUGUACAAGCAGGACACGAAAUCCGGCGAAGUGAAACGAUACAUCAAGUAUGGACCUACACUUUUCAUGCCGAUGGCAAAUGAAUGGCUUCACUCAUUUUCCUGGCAUGGAACAUUACUUUGGAUAAAUUGA